AUGUCAGUUGACGAAAAAAAGCACAGACUUGAAGAAUUGAAAGACCAGAAUGUGGUGCUUGGACUUGCAAUCCAAAGAUCACGACUUUCGGUGAAAAGGCUGAAACUGGAGUAUGGCGUUUUAUUGGAGAGAUUGGAAUCUCGGAUAGAACUUGAUCCCGAAUUGAAUUGCGAGGAUCCAUUGCCAACCCUGGCUUCAUUUAAGCAGGAAUUAUUGACAAAGCCGUUUCGAAAAUCAAAAACCAAAAGGCACAAGGUAAAGGAAAGAGACCCUAAUAUGCCCAAGAGGCCAACAAAUGCUUAUUUGUUAUACUGCGAAAUGAACAAAGAGAGGAUUAGGCAAAAUGGCUCUUUGGACGUAACGAGAGAUUUGGCUGAGGGUUGGAAAAAUCUUAACGAACAGGACAGAAAACCAUACUACAAGCUUUAUAGUGAGGACAGAGAAAGAUACCAGACGGAAAUGGAAAUAUACAAUAAAAAAAUAUCUAGUGCGGAUGCAGAUGAUGACAAGGAAGAAAGUGAACAAAAGAUAAAAAACGACGAAGAAAAGUCACCUACGAAAGUGGAUGACACUAAAGAAGGUGAAGAAGGAGCGUCGGCUACCUUUAAUUAG